AUGGAAAACAACACUAUGCUUUCUUAUCCAGAUAUGUCCCCUCCUUUACUUGAAACUAUUAUGCGACUGACAAUCGAAAAAGUUAAAAUUCAACGAUCUCCUCCUCAAUCUCAAUCGCCUCGACCUGUGAAUGAUUAUCAAUCUCAGCGACUUACUCCCUUUUCUCGAUCGAAAUCAAACAGUCUCCUCCGGACUCUUUUAAUCAUCCAAGUUGGUCGGAAGACCAGCCGACUACUUUCCUUAAUCAGUCAACCGGAAGUAUACCAACGGACUGAACAAACUCCUGCUCAUGUUCAACAACCUUCCCCAGUUCAACUUCAAGAAAAACAGCAGCCUAAAAGUGGUGGCAAAAGACGAUCCUCUUCAGAUGAUGAGGAAGUCCAAAGCGAGGACGAUUCUACACAUUCUUUCGAAGAAGAUUCCUGUUCCACUGUUGGUCCAUCCUUAGAAAAAUCGCCAUGCUUAGAGGAGGUGACCAAGAUUCACUCCGGCCAAAUUAGCUCAGAAGAAAGCGGUUCGCUUUCCGAUAUGACUAAUUUAUCUCCCAAGUCUCCUUCUUCAUCGUCAUCUAAUAUUUCCUAUAAUGAAAAUUGUUGUCCUGGAUGUCAAUGUUGUUCCAUAUGGCUGCAAAAACGACAAGAAUCCUCCAAUUUCCAACUCUGUGAACCCGUACGACAGUGCUGA